AGGUUUAUGUUGAAGUAUUUGUCCGGAAGUCGUGUGUAAUGUGUAGUUUGACACGGGGCACGAGCUGACUCCUUUUUGCCACGUUUCACUUAAUGACGUAAUCCCUCUCCGGGCUUGACAGGUCGCUGUUGCGGUACCGACGCUCACUCAGUGACAGGGUUAUCCACGCAUCCACACACAUCCCCGUUUAUCCGCUUUACGUGUCUCUACAGUCUCAUUUCAAAGACAGGGAACCCGUCAAACCAAGUCGUGUAUUUAGUGUUGUUCCUGCCUCUGCUAACCAGCUGGCUAAUGUUAGCUGUUUCCUGGUUGGAGUUGCAGCCAUUUUGGAUUUUUACAGAGAAACGGCUAGCCGGUCGGGGUUGUGGGAGUAGUGUAAGCUAGCCAUUGCUCCCGUUUUCACCACUAAACACUGCUGUGUAUCUACAAACGAGGCACGGGAGACUUUUCACGAGGGGGACACACUAUAGAACGAGCCAACAAUGAAUCCCGAAUAUGACUAUUUAUUCAAGCUGCUCCUGAUCGGUGACUCUGGUGUUGGAAAGUCUUGCCUUCUUCUCCGGUUUGCAGAUGACACAUACACAGAAAGUUACAUUAGCACUAUUGGUGUGGACUUCAAAAUACGAACCAUAGAGCUUGAUGGAAAGACCAUUAAACUUCAGAUUUGGGAUACGGCGGGGCAGGAGAGGUUUCGUACAAUCACAUCCAGCUACUACAGAGGAGCUCAUGGUAUCAUUGUAGUGUACGAUGUCACAGACCAGGAGUCCUUCAACAAUGUCAAACAGUGGCUACAGGAGAUCGAUCGCUACGCCAGUGAAAAUGUCAACAAGCUAUUGGUUGGGAACAAGUGUGACCUGACGACGAAGAAGGUGGUGGAUUACACAACAGCAAAGGAGUUUGCAGACUCUCUGGGCAUUCCCUUUUUGGAAACUAGCGCCAAGAACGCCACCAAUGUGGAGCAGGCCUUCAUGACCAUGGCUGCUGAAAUCAAGAAGAGGAUGGGCCCUGGGGCCACGGCUGGCGGAGGGGAGAAGCCCAACGUGAAGCUGACCCCCGGCACUACUGUCAAGCCUUCAUCAGGAGGAUGCUGCUGAAAGAGAAACCACUUCCACUUUGCCCUCCUCUCGUCCCAACUCCUGCCCCUCUUUACUUCAGGCCUGUCAGCCUGGCCGCCAUCCCCUCUCAAAGUCCACUGUGUCCCAGCAACGCCCCACCAAGAGUAGACAGGACAGGGAAGACAUGCUCCUCAUGUCUGUGUGAGAACAAGAUAAAGUUGCCUGUAUUUGUACUGUACAUAGUAUAGCCGCACUACCAAAAACAAAUAAAGCAUCCUUCUUGUCA